CUGAUUUUACUUGUCAUUUCAAAUUGAAGGAGCUUUUCAUUAUCAUAAAUUACAUAUUUGACUCAGUUGUGUGUUAAAUUCAAAGACAACAUAGUGCAUAACUUGUUUAGCUUCAGAGAUAUUAAUACAUAAUAUAAAUAAAGAUGUAUUUGCAUAAAACUGAGUUUAUCACUAAGUCCCUUAACUGAUUCGUUUAAAAUACUCGUAAAAGAUUCAAAGCACUCUCACCAUUAUUUCGUUACAUUUAUACUUUUCAAUAGUUAAUCUAGUGUAAAGUGUUAAAAAGGAGUAAAUCAGCGGUCACACUGCUAAUAUACCAUUGGCGUUAAUUAUUGGAUUUAUGAGAAUAGUUAUACGCCACUAGAUGUAAACGAAUAAAAAGAAUAAUUUAUUUCCAGUCUUUUGGUGAGGAAGGAGGGAAGCGACAUAAUACCGUUACGUCUGUAACUGCAUCUCCAGAUCGUUUAGAUUGUGAGAAUUUCUCUGCAGCGUGUUUAUUCGACUCUACGUGUUUAUGUGUGUGAGGUGUUGAUCCCGCUCCGUGGUCCGGUGCCAUCGCGACAUCCACGCCUCUGCUGAUUGGACGAGAGCAACCGGGCCUUAGUCACAUGGCUGAGUUCUUUGGUCCAGAGUAAAAAUGGGGUUUGGUGUAAAUCUAGGGUGUAUUGCUGUCAUAUAUCACGCUACCUCGUAAAAACGACACUGAGGAUUCUGGGCCAACAAAUCAGAGCAGGGGUGAAAAAAGAGAAAAAAAAUAUGAGUUCUUAUUAUGUGGACAGUCUCCUUUGCAAAUCUGCGCCGGGUAGUUCUCUGUUUCCGAUCGUCGAGCGAGCGUCUUGUGGCAUUGGACCUGGCGGGGAGAACCGUCGGACUGCGGCCAUCACGUUUAUGCCAUCCCUCUCUGGAGUUUACAGCGUCAAUAACGCAGCCUACCAGAGUCUGAACCCUGUGUUUACCUCGGGAUAUGGCCUGGGACGGGACAUACACACUCAGGACUGCAGCAGCCCGCUUGAUCAGGGGCUUGAUCAGGGCCGCCUGGUCAGCGAGAGCUGCUGUCACCCGGGACCGGGACCCCUCAUCUCGCCUCCGGACAAACAGUACCGUAUGUACCCUUGGAUGAGGGCAUCAGGUCCAAACCGAAAGCGGGGCAGGCAGACCUAUUCCCGGCACCAGACCCUGGAGCUGGAGAAGGAGUUCCACUUCAACCGGUACCUGACCCGGAGGCGGAGGAUCGAGAUCGCCCAUGCCCUCUGCCUCUCCGAGAGACAGAUCAAAAUCUGGUUCCAGAACCGCAGAAUGAAGUGGAAGAAGGACCACAAGGAAGAGUCCAACCUCGAGGAGAUGAAACAGGGCGACAUCCAGACCGAAUCCGCAGAUGGAGAACCCGGCGGGGGAGACCAGGAGGAGCCUAAACUUUGAAGGCCGAGAUAGAGAGAAUUAAAUAUCAUCUUAUACGUUUAGGGAUAAUAAGGGACAUGUUUAUUCACUUUUCAAGCGUGCACAUAUUCGAGUAUUUGAGUUUCGGAGAUGAUUGUGUGAUUUCUGCUGCUUUGCAUUCUAAAUACUGAACAGCUCCACUUCUAAGAAAAAAAAAAAAAGAUUAUGCAUGUGACUGAAUACUACUGAACCAACAUUCCGUUGAACGAAAACUACCUAACGUGUUCCCUUUUUUUAUACAUCAAGCUUUCACAGAUUGAAAUUAAUUCAGGAUAUUUUCUAAGCGAACGGAUGUUAAUUCCUUUUGAUGAUAGCAAUUGCAUUGUCUCCUGCAUAGAUGUGCCUUGUUUUCGAGACGGACGUGUGCUUUAAUUAAACACAAGUUUAUCACCGAAUGGAAAUGUAGGUGUCCUGAUCAAUAAAUAUGAAUGUUCGCAUGA